CGCGCCUUUUGCCUUCCUACCUAGAAGGCAAGGCCGCCUGGAGGAGCGCCGGAAAAGCAACAGACUGGCGGCCCUGGAGAAUCCGGAGACUGAGGUUCGACCAGAGGUGCCUGAGGACGACGAGGAUGACGAGGAGACAUUGCCCCAUUCCGAGGCUGUGGACGUGUUCCAAGAAGGUCUCGCUAUGGUGGUGCAAGACCCGCUGCUCUGCGACCUUCCGAUCCAGGUUACUUUAGAAGAGGUCAACUCCCAGAUCGCACUGGAAUAUGGCCAGGCGAUGACUGUCCGUGUGUGCAAGAUGGAUGGAGAGCUUAUGGUCGCAGAGAGCUGCAGUCCUAACCGUCACGGCAGAGGGCAUGGCAGCAGGCAGACAGCAGGCAGGCAAACGUGGUCCUGGAGCAGUAACUCAAGAGUUUACAUCCUGAUCCAUAGGCAUGGGACAGAAGGAGAGUUAAUUGCAGUGGUGUGGGCUUCUGAAACCUCAAAGCUUACCCCCAGUGACACACCUCCCCCAACAAGGUCACACCUCCCCUAACAAGACCACGCCCCCAACAAUGCCACGCCUCCUAACCCUUCCCAAACAGUUCCACUGGAAAGCAAACAUUCAAAUAUUUGAGUCUGUGGGGGUCAUUCUCAUUCAAGCCACAACCAUACUUCUCUCUUUGAGCCUGGGCUUUCACAUCAGCAAGGAAUUAGACGAGAGCUAGUCAGUGAGAAACUCAGACCAUGUCUGGGUGUGCGUGUGCUGGGACAGUCACCCUGACCAACAGAGCAGAGCCCUGGAUUUCUCUUCCAUCACCCGGGGCUCUGUGUGUGGCCACCCACAUGGAUGUUCUCCCAUGUUUCCAUGGUUACAGCUGUGGUCGUUGUACAGAAUGCCACAGUCCUGGACCUGAA